UCCUGUGGCGUUUAUUCUAAAAACCCCUGAAGAUGAAGAGCUUCAUCAAACGCAUGGCCACCCCAAUUUCGCCGCUUUCAUUUGAUACACCGUUCACUCGCUUCGUUCCACUGUUUCCACCCUUCACCUGAUAAAGGAGUGCAAGCUAUGGGUGAUGCAAUUGAUUUGACUGGUGAUGGAGGUGUCAUUAAGACCAUUGUGAGAAAAAGCAAACCCGAUGCUGUUGCUCCAACAGAAAAUUUACCUCUUGUUGAUGUUCAUUAUGAAGGCACACUUGCUGAUACUGGUGAAGUUUUUGACACCACGCAUGAAGAUAACACUGUCUUCUCUUUUGAGCUUGGAAAGGGCAGUGUUAUUAAGGCCUGGGAAGUUGCAGUGAAAACCAUGAAGGUUGGAGAAAUUGCAAAAAUAAUUUGCAAGCCAGAAUAUGCAUAUGGCAGUGCAGGAUCUCCUCCAGAUAUUCCUCCAGAUGCAACACUUGUUUUUGAAAUUGAGCUAGUUACUUGUCGGCCAAGGAAGGGCUCCAGUUUGGGAAGUGUUUCGGAGGAGAGGGCUAGGCUAGAUGAGCUGAAGAAGCAGAGAGAGCUAGCUGCUGCUGCCAAAGAGGAGGAGAAGAAGAAGAGAGAAGAAGCAAAAGCUGCUGCGGCUGCGCGUGUGCAGGCCAAGUUAGAAGCUAAGAAAGGUCAAGGAAAGGGUAAAGGUAAAGCUAAGUAGGGACUCAUCAAACAUCUACAUAAAUUUCAUAUAUGAUGACAAUCAAAUAUUGAUGUAGCAUCUUCCUUCCCCGUUGGACCAUCCAAAACAAUGUAUAAAGGAAAUGCAAGAUUGUUUUUGUCCACCUACACAAUAUACUUUUAUGAU